GCGCAACUUACGGCAAACGCAGAACAAAAAGCGAAUCGCCUGGACCCAAUUCCACUCUCAUCAGACCCCGUUUGCAACUCACAACAAACCCCCCCUCUCCUUCGCCCCCCCGCAAACCCACUUGAACGUCAUUGAUACUCUCUCCAAGGGGAACAGUCAACCGCUCCAAAGCACCACACCAGUCGUCCGCUGUCCAGAAUUGUCGACCCACGUUUUACAUACGGAACCUUCCUCACACCUUCAUUCCGAGAACAUAGGAACGCUUGCUUUGUCUUGCCAAAAUAAUACUAUAACACUCGUCCGCUCCUUGCACGUCCGCUCGCAAUGCCGCCCGUAUCCGCCUCACCAGAAUCAGCAACCCCAGCCGACGACUCCACAUCCUUCACAUAUUCACCACCCGGCGUAUCCCCCAUCGUCUCCGACUCACCCAACUUACCCACCUCCACAUCCACCGCCAGCACCAUCCGCUCCUUCAACACCUACUGGGUCCUAAUCCCCGUCGCUAUCUUUGUCUUGUUCCUCAUCAUUGCCCUUCUUUACAAAUACUCGCCCGGGUUCCGCGAAGCAUUUAACCGGCCGAAAGUCACGUCGUCGAAACCAGUCGAGAUUGUGUACAGGGAAGUCGAGCAUGAUGAGCUGCUGAUCACGAGGGUGGAUUCCCCGCGACCUUUGUCUAUGGCGGAGGGCGUCGCGGAGCUCGAGAGGGAGAGGGACAAUACGAUUGUGAGGGAGAUGCGGCGGUAUCCUACGCUGGAGAGUUUAGCGACGGUGUACAUGGCUGAGCCGCCGAGUUAUGCGGCCAGUGAGCUCGAUUCUCCUCGGCCUCAUUGAGUAGAGUUUCUUCGGUUUUAUAGAUUUUGGAGUGUAGAUAGAUUAUUUUCCACUGAUCCUCGCGCUUUAGCCUUUUUUUGAUACCAGCGGGCACUUUUCCGUACAUUAGGACUCUUGAGAUGGUUUAUAUUAUUUUGGAAUAGUUUAGCUUCGUUUCUGAUAUACCUUGAUGACAUUGAAUUGUAUUCUGCAGGUGUGUCCUCUGCAUCUCCCAUCGUUGGGCAAAAUAUGAGCAUCCAAGCUUCCGUUUUUGGAAAGGACAUCAACUAUUCUCCGUAUCAGCAAAACAACUGGACAUGCAUACCUGGCCACAUGAAAAGUUUGAGUAUAAAUCUUUAGUAA